GACACUUUGCGCAGCAUGUCUGACCCUGAAAGCCUGCAGUUGAGCCCGACGAGACCAAAGGACUUGUACAAGCACCACAGCAACGCCUCUCGAGAGAUCGCGCUGGUAGACUUCCUCAACGACGGACAUGUCGCGCCGGACGUCGUUCUUCGCAGGGUGAAGGAGGGUGUCACGAUACAUGAUCGCGGGGAUAUGUAUCGCAUGGGCAAGAAGCAAGUACUAAAGCGCAACUACCGACCACUCUCAGCGCUGAGCUUCGCCAUCGUCCUGACUGCGAUAUGGGAGUACCUCAUGAUCGCUUGCACCCAAGGGCUGAUCAACGGCGGACUAAGUGGCCUGUUCUGGAGUUACAUAUGGACGUUUGUUGGCUUCACGUUCGUCGAGAUGAGCUUAGCAGAGAUGUCGUCCAUGGCGCCAACAUCUGGCGGUCAGUACCACUGGGUGUCUGAGUUUGCGCCACCGCAGUAUCAGCAAUUCCUGUCCUACGUUGUGGGCUGGAUGUCGACGCUCUCUUGGCAAGCAGGCAACGCCGCAGAUUGUUUCUUGACUGGAACCAUCGCACAGGCUUUGAUCGUUGUUAACAAUCCAAAGCAUGAACCUCAGCGAUGGGAGGGCACGCUAUUCGUCUUCGCAAUGGUCUUCAUCGUGUACGUCUCGAACAUCUGGGGCCACGACCUCUGGCCGCGCAUUCAAAACGGGCUCAUGGUGCUUCACGUCCUCGCUUUUCUAGCUGUCGCCGUGACGCUCUGGUGCCUCGCACCGCACCGCACGGCCAAAGAUGUAUUCACCAACUUCUCCAACGCCGGCGACUGGAGCUCUCUCGGCGCGUCACUAAUGGUCGGCCAGAUCUCCGCCAUCUACUCCAUCCUCGGCUCAGACGCAACGGCCCACAUGGCCGAGGAAGUCCGCGACGCCUCGCGCAACGUGCCCAUCUCGCUCUUCUGGUCCUACUUCGGCAACAGCAUCAUGGCCAUCGUCUUCCUCGUCGGCUUCCUCUUCGCCAUCGACGACGUCGACGCCGCCAUCUCGCACCCCACAGGGUACCCCUUCCUAUACGUCUUCACCAAGGCGCUAUCCCCACAGGGUGUAAACGCACUAACCAUCAUCGUACUCCUAAUCGUGAGCGCAGCGAACGUCAAUUUUGGCGCCAGCACGGCACGCCAGACCUUUGCGUUUGCGCGCGACCGCGGUCUGCCGUUUUCCAGCUGGAUCGCCAGGGUCGACCGCAACAAGGAGAUCCCCAGCAACGCGGUGCUGCUGUCGUCUGUGAUUGCGGCGCUGCUGGCGCUCAUCAACAUCGGCUCCACCACCGCGUUUGAUGCUAUUGUCAGCCUGCAGGUCGUGAGCCUGAUGUUCACGUACACCGUAAGUCUGUCGUGCAUCCUGUACCGCCGACUCACACAACCCGCGUCGCUGCCCGGCGCGCGAUGGAGUCUGGGGCGGUGGGGCAUGGGCGUUAAUAUCGUGGGGCUGGCGUACGUCUUGUUUGCGGGCUUCUGGAGUUUCUGGCCGACGUUCGCGGGCGUCGACGCGGAGAACUUCAACUGGGCUGUUGUGCUGUUCGUGUCCGUGUUUGUCCUGUGCUUGCUCAUGUAUCACGUCCAGGGCAAGCAUGUGUAUAUGGGGCCGGUGAAGGUGGUCAGGAGUCUGUCGGAAGCGUCGGGCUCGACAUUCUGAUUCCACGGUUCGUUUGCAGUAGAGCGAUCCUAAUCAUGUAGACUGUAGAUCUAACACUGCUUCUGCC